AUGGAUUUUAUGACUGGAGCGCAUCCAUGUCGCAUUUUUCCGACUCUAUCGUGGUCGCCACUGCUGACUCGUGUUUCGUUGCGUCCCGUCUAUUUUCCGCUCAAAUUCGAGGGCAAGACGUCCAUGGUCAGUCACAACUGCACCAAUGUCUACUAUAUCUGCUGGACUUUUCGAGAUGAGUGGGACCUGCCACACCGACCACUGGUGGAAAAGUGUGGACGGAAAGGAGAUGCACAGAAGACGUGA